AUGCGGAGUGUCAGAGCCAGAAGGCCUUGGGUAAGAUGUCAAGGAAGUCGGGGUGUGCAGCAGCAAGACCCUCGCACAGAGUUGGCGAAGGCCAAUUCGGUGCCUGUGGGGGUGCUGCAGCUUCCUCGCUCUCGUGGUGAGAGGCUGCAGCAUCUGGAAAUUCUGGACCGAGUGCCCUUCGACCUGGUCACUGCCUACCAUGAGCGUGAAGCUGAACAUGGGCGCUUGGUGGGUGCUGCCAGAGGGCCAAUUGGAAAGAUAUUGAGACGACACAGGAAGGACUCAGCAACUACGCUGAUUCACACUAUGCUCAAGGCCUGUGUGGAAAAGCGUUGGGACCCCAUGCUGUGGGACACCUUUGGAGAAGCGGCUCUGCAAGAAGUGGCUCGCCUGGGCCCCGCUGACAUUGGACUGAUCCUUUUCUGCUGCAUGAAGGCAGACUACCGAAGAGAUACAGCACUUGUGCCAGAGCUCCUCAAGCGACUAUCUUCGCUUGCUUUGGCAGGAGGAGGAUUGCGAGACUGGCAUCACGCUGGACAUGCUUCUGGCACACUGGCCAAGGUGGCUCAGGUCAAGGCCAAUGUUGACAGCGGACGCAAGCACAGGAGCAGCCCAGCUCAGGCAACCAAGACCAAGGCCGACUUUCCCCAAUAUGCUCUGCUAGCUGGCAUGGCUGCAGUGCAUCACUUUGGCUUGAGCAAAAUUUGUGCGGAUGACUUGGCAAAGAUUGCAGCUCGAGCGCUCCAAAGCAGCCAAGCUAUCUCGAGUCAUGUACUUUGCCGUUUGGUGCACCAUGCUGGGGGCCUUCUUGGCACAGGCGGCUCAGGCAUCAAGUUUUUGCAGGGGAUUCAGCAGGAGUUGAGCAAGCGAAUUCAAGGCAGUGAUAUCACCCCUAGCCACUUGUGCUUGGUGGCCCACACUUAUGCCCAGGCUCCUGUGCGGAAUGCAGCUGUCUUCCAGGAUGUCAGAGACCAGCUCGAUGACGUCGCUUUGCUACAAUUGAGCAUUGGGGAGCUAGCCAACGUGGCCAAUGCUUUUGCGAAGUUGUCUGAUGCCGCGAAGUGCGGCAACGUGGAGCUUCUUGACAGGUUGGGACGUCAGUUACUCCAGGCAUCUCAAGCUGAUGCAACUGGUGAACCGCAGGACACACUGGACUUGCGUAACGCAUGUGUUGUAUUGAAUGCCUUUGCACAAGUUGCUCUUCGCCAUGAACCUUUCUUCGUUGCCUGUGAAGAGCGCUUGCCCGUCUUAUUGCACUGCGGCAGCGAUGUUAGACAGCUUUCGAUGAUUGCUCAUGCCUACGUUCGUGUGGGGCUGUCACAGAGCUGCCUGUUGCCGCUUAUUUGGGAUCGCGCGACACGUUUGGCUCCUCACUGCGAUGCACAGGGUGUGUCCCUGAUGAUAUUUGCAGUCACAAAGGCUGCUGCAAGCGAGGCGGCAGGCGUCGGGUUGGUCCGAGCACUGACUGCGCGAUUGCUGGAGCUGCUGACUGGUGAGUCAGCUGUACCGCCACAAACCGUGGUUGUUUGUGCGUACGCGCUGGCCAAAAGCGGAUUUACAACAUUGGUCGAUCCUGCAGUGUGGAACAUGCUUGCUGGACAUGGGCAACAAUUUUUGGGACAGCUCUCAUUGACAGAGGUUGCAAAUCUGGCCGCUGCCCUUGCCGAAGUUGCCAAAAGCAGCCAGGGAGAAGGCUUGUCUCCAAGUAUCUCUACAUUUUUCCGGCAUUUGUCAAAUGAGCUGAAUCAGCGCCUGAAGGAUGGUUCCAUCAGGACUGUUCCACCGGCAGCGGCAUCCAAGCUGAUUGUGGCCUUUGGAGAUACUAGAUCCGUCGAGGCAGCUAACAUCGUGCAGAUGUUGGCAAGGCGAUGCCUAGAUCCGUCGUCUUCUCAAGUUCCGCUACGUGCUGUCACUCUGGCUUUGUCCAAAUUGCAAGUCUACGACGAAGAUUUGAUGCAGGCACUGACAAUGGCUCAAAAGCCAACGUCCCGGCGCGGGCAUCAGUGA